AUGUCAAAUUGGGAACACGGUUUAUGCGAUUGCACUUCAGAUAUCAGAGUUUGCUGUAUCUCUUAUUUAUGGCCACAACUUCAAGUUAUGCAACAAAGAGCAACCGUAGAUGGUCGUCAAUGUGAGAUUACAGAUUGCCUCUUUACCGCUUUAUGUUUCCCAUGUGUUACUUGUUUAACUCGUUCACAAAUCAGAGAAAAACACGGUAUUGAAGGUUCAGGUGUUAUGGAUUGUUUAACCGUUUGUUAUUGUACCCUUUGUGUUAUUCACCAACAAACCAUGCAACUCCAAGCUAAAGGUGAAAAACCAUCUGGUCUUUUCAUGAACUAA